GGCACGUGUGUUUGUGUGCGAACACGUCUGCAAGUGUUAACCACAACAAACCGCUGCUGCUUUUUCAAUUUAUUUUUAAUAUCACACACUUUUAUGAUUUUAGUGAAGUUUUAUUGUAAUGACUACUGGGUACAAUAUCUAGCACUGAGGACAGAAAAAUUUGGCCUUUUUGCCUAAAGGGAUUUGUUUGCUGCUAAUGCUUUCAUCAAGUCUUUCUUGGACUACCGUAAAGUCCUGCACGUGGUGAUCCAAAGGUUAAAAAUCCAGCUAAAAAGCAGGUCGUGAAUGGUAUCUCGCGUCACUUCCUCCACGUGGUCUCGGCCUAAACUCCCGCCAGGAACAGUCGUUUGUCAACAUUGUGGCGCUAACGCAGCUGCUGCUCAGUCUUCGGUGUUUCAUUGUUCGCGUUGGAGUCAUCUUUACCCUCACUUCUCAGAAUGGCAGCGAACAAGGGCGACUCGCAUAUUGAUGAUAUUCUUACCAGCGAAGAAGAGCUCGAGAAGGCUUUGUGUGUGCUGGCUGGGAGCGACCCAGACAACUGCUCUUACUCCAAGGGUUAUGUGAAGAGACAGGCGGUGUUUGCCUGCAACACUUGCACUCCAAAUGAUGCAGAGCCUGCUGGGGUUUGUCUGGCCUGCGCCAAUAAAUGCCAUGAUGGACACGACAUCUUUGAACUGUAUACCAAAAGAAAUUUUCGCUGUGAUUGUGGAAACAGAAAGUUUGGGGGUUUCCAGUGCCAGCUAAAUCCUGUUAAAGAAGAGGAAAAUGUUAGAAAUCUCUACAAUCACAACUUCAGUGGGUUCUACUGCACGUGUCACCGGCCGUACCCAGACACAGAUGACCAGGAUGACGACGAGAUGAUUCAGUGCGUCAUCUGUGAGGAUUGGUUUCACAGCAGGCACUUAGGCUGCCCUGUGGUUGAACCCGAGGAGCUUCAAGAGAUGGUAUGUGAGGCCUGCAUGAACAAGGCUCCUUUCUUGUGGACGUACGCUGCCCACAUCGCAGUUCCGCCUGUGAUCCAUGUGGGUGAUGCCGAAGAGGAAGUAGAGGUCGACAUUGAGGGGGAAGACCGUGAGGCUGGUCAAAGAAAGGAUGAGGAACCGUCUUCUAGUGAUGAGCGCACAGAACCAGAGGAAGCUGUAAACAGGAGUUCCCCUGGCAAACGAACUCACGAGGAAAUGACAGGCAGCCCUGCGAUGGCUACAACGAAAAUUGUGGAGUGCAAGCUGAAGAAGCUGCAGGCCCGCGGGCUAGAGAGGCUGAGACGGGGAGCGGUGUUCUGGCCUUACAGCUGGCGUGCUGAGCUCUGCACCUGCACGAGCUGCAAGAGGGCCUAUGUUGCUGCUGAGGUGCAGUUUCUCUUGGAUCAGUCUGACACUAUUCUGGCCUAUGAGAAGAGAGGCUUGGAUGAGCCCUUCGGGCAGCACCCACUGAUGGCGCUGAUGAACUCGAUGGACCGUGUACAGCAGCUGGAGGUCAUUUACGGUUUCAACGAGCUGACGACCUCAAUCAGUGAAUUUUUAGAGCAGUGUGCCUCUGAAGGAAAGACGGUCACAGUUGAAGCUGUACAUCAACUCUUUGAGGAGCUGCAGGCCAGAAAAAGACGCAGAACCAGCGACGGAAAUCAGUAACAAGGCGUCCACUCUGCUGCCGCCGUACGCCAUGUUCACGGGCUGUCUGGACUGAAUGUGUCACUUUCCUCUUGAAUAAACCGUUUUGCUGCAAUCAAUGUAAUGUUUGAAGUUGGGGGUUAAAAAAAAAAGUUUUAGUUUCUAGUUCUUGCUUUAUUAUUUGAAGGUUUGAGGUUCGUGUCAUAACUGGGUUAUGACGAUGCCUCAACUUUAAAGAUUGUGAUCAAAGUUUACCUCAUAAAUAUUGCACACUAUUACAUUUAUGAACAUACAGUUUGAUGAGUGAACAUGAUUGUGUGAAAGUAUGUAAGUUUGGCUGAAUUUGAUGCCGUAAUCCUUGAACUGCUGAGACAAACCAGUCUGUAAAUGUCAUGUGAAGGAAUCACUGUGAUGAAAAUACUGACUAAAGCUCAAAAUAAAAAUAGAAAUCUGCUGUAAGGUUA